UUCUUGUCCUAAAGAGCUCCUUCGCCUCUGGUACAGCUGCGACAACAACAACAACAACUACUACUACUACUACUACUCUCACUUUUACCUCUACUACCAUAUAAACCGUUUCGAAUCUCCUCCUCCUCCUCCUUCUCCUCUUCUUCCUCCUCCUCUUACUCCUCCUCCUGAAGUAUGGUGUAAAGUGACUCUUCUCAUGAUGGGCUUCGUCAGACUCAUGCCAGCGCAGGUGAGGCGGGCCAGCGUACGCACCUGUCUCAAUGCCCAACACGCCGCCCUCUCCGCUGCUCUCUUCACUAUCUGCUCGUCCGUGGUGGUGGUGCUUGUGUACAUCUGGCGUCUGGUGUUGAACGCGAGGCACCCGGAACACCUCAGUGACGUGUAUUAUGGUGUGCAAAUCUCGUACCUGUCAACGCUGGGCACUCACGUCACCCUCAUCGCCCUCACCUCAGUCCUCUUCAUCGGCAUUCAGCAGGAGCGGUGUGGCCUCAUCACGCCCUGGGUAGUGGCUAACAUCGCUUUUAUGGCCCUCGAGGCGGUCUGCUGCAUGUACUCCAACGUGCUGAGGGACCAUGUCAAUAAGAAGUUCGACGCUGUGUGCCGCGCCGAGGUUUCUUUCUUCCUCUUCAGAGUGGCUAUCAACGUCAUGGGUCUAUGGGCCGUCAUGCGCUUCGUCAGGAACCUCAGGGCUGGCAUCACCUACAAGGACCCCGAGGCCAUCCACCUCUGAGGGGUCAUGGUUCAACAGAGGUCAAGACGAGGUCACACGAGUCAAGAGGAGACUACUGAGCUCUAGCGGGUCGAGGAUCAAGUGCAUGGGUCAAUAAAUCAAAGUCGAAAAUGAUGAGGCCAGGUCAUGUAAUUCAGAGGUCAUAGGAGUCAGGUCAAGCGAAGUUAAGGGAAUGAUCAAAAGAGAUCAAACGAGUAUUAAAGGUCAAUAGGUCAAAGUUACGGGGAGGUAAAGGUCAUAAGUCAAAGAAGAGGUCACAGGUCAAGAGAAGGUUCAAAGGUCAAAGGUGAAAGGUCAAGAACGAUGUAAAGGUCACGUUACAACUGCAGGGUCAUUAUCCUUUUUUUUUUUACACUAAUCCCUCUUUUAUCGCGUUGUUUCCCUCUUUUCCUCUCAGGCCGGCUUACAAACAUUCUUUUAAAAACUUUCUUUGUACCUGACUUCCUCCUUUUAUUUCACUUUAUCACCCUUGUCAUUGUAAACUCACGAACAUAUGGAACAGUGAACCAGCUAACAACUUAUCUUCUUAUUUGGCUUCCUCCUUUUCUUUCCCUUUAUCAUCUAUGCCAAUGUAAACUUUCGAACAUAUGGAACAGUUAACCAGCUAGCAACUUCUCUUUCAUAUCUGGCUUCCUUCCUUCCUUUCCCUUCCUCAACUAGGCUAUCAAAACCAACACCCAUGAACCUCCCCUUAUAAUGUCUGACCUCCUUUUCUUUCCCUUCCUCAACUACGCUAUCUAAAUUAACGAGCACUACGAAACGGCCAACAACUUAUAAUAAUGUCUGGGUUAUAUCCCUUUCUUUCCCUACCUCAACUUACAUAUCAUAGGCUAUCUAAGCUAACAAAUACAUAGGAACCAGCUAACACCUUCCCUUAAUGUCUGGCUUCUUCCAUUUUUUCCCCUUCCUCAACUAGGCUGUCUAAACUAACAAACCAGCUAACAUCUUCCUUUCGAUUUUGGGUUCCUCCAUUUCUUCCCCUUCCUCAACUAUAGGCUAUCUAAACUAACAAACACUACGAACUAUGUAUUUUAUAGUGCACACACAUUAGACAAUCACUUGCAGCCGACACUAACCUUUAUAGACAGCAUGUGGCCAAACCAGACGAGGAAUCUUGCCGGGGAAGUAAUUUAACACCUGGUUGCCUUUCCAUUGUUUGCAAGUGCUUCCGCUGACUCGCAAUGGCCUCUGCAAUUAAGGGAGAAAAUAUUAUUACAGUCCUGUUCCUUGGCAGAUCAAUAUCAAAUGGUUCUUAUACUCAGGGGGAGGAGAACGUGUCUCACAAACCUUCAUAUAUCAUUAAUGUUUAGAUUCAAAAUAAGAGUUGUGCAAUAAAAUUAGUAGUUAUAUAAACCAAGUGAAUGUGACUGUGGUCGUGUAUGGCAAAAACAGUUGUUGAUGUCUGUAUUGUAGCUAUUAACAUGGUGGCAUUUACGACAUAAUAAACUUAAUACUAU